AUGUCCAUAGUCUACAUUAAUAUUUUCCUGGCUUUCAUCAUGUCGCUCAUAGGACUACUAAUAUAUCGAUCCCACUUAAUGUCUUCCCUCCUAUGUCUAGAAGGCAUGAUAUUAUCCCUAUUCAUUAUAAUAGCCGUAGCCAUCCUAAACAACCAUCUCACACUAGCCAGCAUAACCCCCAUUAUCCUAUUAGUAUUUGCAGCUUGUGAGGCAGCACUAGGUUUAUCUCUACUAGUAAUAGUAUCAAAUACAUAUGGCACUGACUAUGUACAAAACCUAAACCUCCUACAAUGCUAA